AUGUUCCACCACCAGGAUGCCAUUGCAGGUGCUGUGCAGCUCCAGAUCACCCCUUCCUUUGAGAUGAUGCUGAAGCGGGCAGCACUGAGCAAAAAGAAGAAAAGCAUGAGCACUGCCUCCACCUCCCCCCGGCAGAGCUUCCCCAAGGCACACAGGAAGAGUAAAGUCCUGUACAAUCUCUACAUGAAUCUCUAUGAUGAAGUUGGGGAAAUGGAGGCCUGGACUAUGCAGAAAGCUGAAGGGUUGCCAAAAGCCUGCUUCAUCUUCAGUGCCAUCCGAAAUGGGGAGAUUAAUGUCAAUGACCUGCUCCUGACUCUGCACACGCUGGGGGUACUUGUGACCAGUGAGGAGAUGCGGGAGGCCCUCAAAGAUGUUGACAUUGACAUAAAUGGAAACCUGAACUUCAGUAAUUUCCUGGAUGUGCUGAAUGAGACCUCGUCUUUCACCCUGACUGAGACUUUCCAGGUCAUUCACCGAGCCUUCAGCAAGAUGAGGAAUGGAAUUAUUGCUGUUGCUGACCUGCACCCCACUCUGAUCAGCCUGGUGGUUGACUUAACCUUUGAGAAGCUGCAGGAGGCAAUGGCUCAAGUCUACGUCAACAAGGAAGGGCGAGUGAAUAUCUCUGACUUCGUGAUGGCUGUAAGCGACCUGGAGCAUCAUUACGAGGAUGUAGAGGAAGGGCGAGUGAAUAUCUCUGACUUCGUGAUGGCUGUAAGCGACCUGGAGCAUCAUUACGAGGAUGUAGGAUCCAAGGGAGUAAGAGAUGUGAUGAGGGCCUCAGCUGAUGGCCUUAAAGACAGCGAUGAUGAAGCCUUACAGGACACCUUUAAAGUCAUCAACAAGAUCAAAGGCGAUAACACUGAAGAUGCUGAACUGCACUCCACUCUCCAGGCCACGGGGGUCCAUUUAACUGAUGAAGAGUUUCACAAAGCUUUGAAGAAAGUGACUCUGGAACGUGGGAUAGUGAAUGUCAAUGAUUUUAUGAUUGCUUUGUCCAACACUCAGCACUUCUCUGAUUUUUCAGAGCUGAAAGAUGCCACUGAGGCCACCAGCAAGACUGAAAGUGACAAGGUGGCUGUGGGUGACCUGCUGACCUGUAUGAACAACAUGGGGAUCCAGUUAUCAGAUGAAGAAUUCCAGGAGGCACUGAAGAUUGGUUUUGUGGAUGGAGAUGGGAACGUGGAUUUUAAAGAAUUUUUAAAGGGUUUGACUGGCACACAACAAUCCUCCGAAAACAUUGAGAUGGAAGAAGCCAUGAAAGCCAUCUGCUCCAUCAAAGAACACAGGGUGGACAUUCAGCAGCUGGAUUCCAUCAUGAGCAGUAGGGGCAUAUACUUAGCCCCAGAGGAGAUUCAGAAUGCUCUGGAGCUCAUUACUUGUAAAGAAGAUGGGAAGGUGAAUUUGGAAGAUUUCAUGAUGGCUUUGACCAAGUGUCAGCAAUGUUCCCGAACUGAAAAAGACAAGGUUAACAUCCGAAGCCUGGACUGUAUUCUGGACAACAUGGGGAUUUUCCUAACCCAUAGGGAGAUCCAAGAGGCUCUGAAGAACAUUACUACUGAUGAUUCUGGCAAGGUGAAUCUAAGCAAAUUUAUGACGAGUGUGAGGGCUCUCCGGAAAUUCUCCCAUGGGGAAGGAAAAGAGGCCUAUGUCGGAGCACUGGACUCAAUUCUGACUGAAAUGGGAGUCCACUUGACAAACAAGGAGCUCCAAGAGGCACUGAAGUAUGUGACAGUAGAUGAAAAUGGGAAGGUGAAGGUGAGCGACUUUCUGGAGAGCAUGAUCAGUACACGGAGAGCUUCCCUGGCUGAUAGGGACAAGGUACACGUAAGUCACCUGGAGUCCAUUCUGGGCAGAAUGGAGGUCUUCCUAAGUGAGCAGGAGUUCCAGGAAGCAUUGAAGCACACCAACGUAGGUGUGAACAGGAGAGUAAACUUGAUUGAGUUCAUGAAGGCAGUAAGGACUGCCCAGAGAAAGUCCCGACUUGAAGGAGAAAAGGUCGAUGUCAAUACCCUGGACUCCACUCUGGCCAACAUGGGGAUCUGUUUAACUGCAGAGGAGCUUCAGAAGGUGCUGGGACAAGUUACCAUUAGUUCAGAUGGAAAGGUGGAUCUGAAAGACAUUAUGGAGAGAGUGAUGAGUACCCAGUGGCCUUCCCAGUAUGAGAGGGAUAAGGUUGACAUUCAGCACCUGGACUCCAUCCUGACCAACAUGGGGGUCCACCUAACAAAGGAGGAGCUGCAGGAGGCCCUAAAUCACAUGACAGUUGAUGCAGAUGGGAAUGUGAAUUUGCGUGAAUUUAUGGAGGUAGUGGAGACUGUCCAGAAAUUACCCUCUGCUGAAGAGGACAGAACUGAUGUCAGUAACCUGGACAACAUUGGUAUCCACUUCACUAGUGAAGAGAUGCAGGAGGCCCUGAAACAUAUCACAGAUAGAACGGAUGGGAAGGGGAAUUUGAGUGAAUUUACGAAGGGGGUAAGAACUGUCCAGAAAUUACCCUUAAGUGAAGGGGACAGAGUUGAUGUCAGCAACCUGGACUCCAUCCUGUCUAGCCUUGGGAUCCAUCUUACCAGUGAGGAGAUGCAGGAGGCACUGAAGCAUAUUGCUGUAGACGGGGACAGCAAAAUCAGCUUGAGUAUGUUUAUGAAGAGCAUGAUGAGCACAUGGAGACCAUCCCAGGCCAACAGGGAUAAGGUUGAUAUCCAGCACCUGGACUCCAUCCUGAGCAGCAUGAGGGUCUACCUAACCAACGAGGAGCUGCAGGAGGCCCUGAAACAUAUAACAGUUGAUGAGGAUGGGAAGGUGAAUUUAGGUGAAUUUAUGGAGGGACUGAGGGCUCUCCAGAAAUCACCCACAAGUAAAGAGGACAGAGAUGAUGUCAGUAACCUGGACUCUGUCCUGACCAGCAUGGGAGUCCAUCUAACCAAUGAAGAGAUGCAGGAGGCUCUGAUGCCUAUUGCUGUUGAUGGAGAUAAGGUCGGCAUCCAGCACCUGGACUCCAUCCUGAGCAGCAUGGGGAUCUAUGUGACCAAUGAGGAGCUGCAGGAGGCCCUGAAACAUACACCAGUUGAUGAUGGAAAGGUGAAUUUGAGUGAACUGAUGAAGGGAUUGAGGGAUGUCCAGAAAUUGCCACCUGUUGAAGGAGAGCAGGACAGGGUCGAUGUCAGUAACCUAGACACCAUCCUGGCCAGCAUGGGGAUCCAUCUAACCAGUGAGGAGAUACAGAAGGAACUGAAGCACAUCACUGUGGACGGAGAUGGCAAAAUCAGCUUGAGCACAUUUAUGAACAGCAUGAUGAGUACACAGAGACCAUCCCAAAUCGAAAAGAAACCUGGGCCAAACUUUGACCAGACCCCCAAAACAGAUAUGACGUUGAAAUCCCUGCCAAAGAAAAUGAUGCUGAAACCCCUGCCAAAAAAGAUACGUGGAGAAUUAUCAGCCAUCCUCCUAGACAGGAGUAAGUGCAAAGCAGCAAAGAAUAUGACCAGGAACCAACUAGAAGCAUUCUACGAUGCCUACAAUUUCUUCACAAAGGACUCAGAUGGCAACAUUGACCUACAUGGGCUGGAGAUGACUACAAAGAAGCUGGGGCUGAAUUUAACUGAACAAGAAGCCUAUGACGAGCUAGCAUAUGCUGAUAUGGACAGGGAUGGGAAGGUGAACUUCUUGGACUUCCUGACCAUUAUUAGUGACACCAAGCGCUUCAUCCAGGCUGUAGCUCCUGAUAAAGGCAGUCUGGACAGCUUCAAUUUAGUUGAUGCCACAGGAAUCUUGAUGUUUGAAGUCCUGUCAAAGCUGAUGGAAAAGUCAGCUUUGUCCAGGAGGACCAUGCUUGAGAUUGUCAAUUACUACAGAAACAAGUUCCUGGACUGCACUAGCAAGAAAGCUUGGAUGGUCAUGGACAGCUUUAUAUGUCAUGAUAAAAGGCUCCACAAACUCAAAAAACACCAGGCUCAUCAAAAAGGUGCUGCAUCCCCCGCAUGUGCCUUUACAAAGGUUGCCCACAUUCCCGUCAUGAACAACAAGCAGCUGGAAAGCUGUGUUGAAACCCUCAGAGCAUGUACUUCCACUUCAAACAGCCCUUAUGCACAAGUACCCAUCUUCCCAUUGCUUCCCAAUCGAGAUGGUGUGACAAAGACCAGGCCAAAAAAAGACUUGCAGAAGCUGGAGAUGCAGAGGAGGAAAAAAAGGAUGCCAUCCUUUGAGAACCACUUCUUUCAUAAAAGAAACUGGGUGCAUGAGGCAACUGCUUUCAAACCUCCGGAUGACUUCCAAGAACGGCGGACCUCCCUUAGUCUGAGCCCUCAGUUGCUGGACAAGGAACGCUGGUUGACUAUAGAAAACCUGAAUGAGAUACGAACAAAUGUGAAGCAGGUAACUGAUACGUACAGGCAAGGGAUAGCACUCCAGGAGAGGAACAGGAUAUUGAAACUGUGGCAGAAAGUACAUGGCAGAGAGACUGGGUUAGAAGCAGGAAAUGAGAGCUUCUAUCACACUUUCUCCACCUACUCCUGGUCAUGGAACAUCUGCCAGGAACUGGUGACACCCAAUGACCUUCGAAAGUAUGAUAACAAGCUGUACCACAGGCAACGCUCCUCAGCCUUCUCCACAGAAGCUGGCAUUAAGGAUGGGAAAGGAAGAGAAAAGCAGUGAGAAAAAAAAAUGACCAGGCUGCCACAUGUUCUUAACUUUGCUGUUGACUCCUCUCUCUCUUUCUCUCACCACCCUCAAUUUUUUGUGUGCGUCUUGGGCUGUUAAGCUCACAGCCCCGAAGGCUGGGAGAGGGAAAGGUUUCCCCUUUGGAUUGGAUACUGGCAAGCACAAAUGACAGGUGCCCCUGGAGGCUGGGGGGGCACAGUGACUGC